AUAGAAAAUCAUUGACGAUCAAAACCAUUGGGAAAAUUAGUUAUAGGCUGACGAAAUGAAAUGUAUUAAUAUUAAGACCAACAACAAAUGUUGUAUGCAUAGAUAAUUAUAAGAGUUACGUAUGAAUGGAUGAAUGAGUGGUCAUUACGUUAAAAUAGAAAAUUUUGAGUUUGUAAAGUAUGCACAGAUCCCACCUUUACAAAAGGGGGGAAAAUGUAACCAGUUAAAUUUCCCGCCCGUCUCAUGGGUCAAGUGCGCCACGGAAUUUGAGGAAUAAGGAGAGGACCCGGAUCAAGACUCUGGGGAAGACAACCAGGAAGACAGUUUCGAAACGUCCGUUGCUCAGCCCACAAAUUUGACGUAGAAGCUCGAACGAUUUUAAAUCAUCCGUACUAAUAAUGAACGUGCAGAAUGUAAUGUGAACAAAUAAUUCAACGUUUAACCAAUGAUGAUAAUAAUAAUCGUAAUACAAUCAAUUGUCUAGCCAAGUGAUAAAUAAGACGGUAUAUCUGUGUCAUGGAUAGUUUAAUGAUCAUCCUCAAAUCACAACGGUCGAAUUUGAAGUGAAAGUAAUCCCCCAGGCAGAGUGACAUAUAAUAAGAUACGUAUACCGACAAUCGCAAUUGUGUCUGAUCGCACGUAUUGAAGAUGCAGAUCGCUUUUGAACGCAUCAAUUAGAAUAUAAAAAGGAAAAAAGACAAUAUCAUAUCGACCAACUUGAAAAUCGGCGUAUACCACCGUAAUUUUCAACUGCAAGUACGGCAUCAGAUCACACACAUUUAUAUUGCCUAUGGAUUAUAGAAUGCAAAUUGCUGGAACCGUUCACUUAUAUUCUUCAAGUACCUGGUCAACAGAUCAAAGCAAUAUUAGCCCAUGCUUUUAAUUAUUGGCUAAAAAUACAUCCGACAUGAAUGACUAUGUCUAUUACUUCUUGAGGGAGUAUACGUUGCCCAGUCAUGGAACCUCCCCAGGAAGUGUCACCCGCAACCAUAUCGAGGCUCGUCGAACGUGCUACGGAAAAGGCGGAAAGGCCCGAAAACGCGAAUACGCGUAUUUGUUUCAUGGUGGCGGGGAUCUCGUGUGUCUUCGGACGAUGCAUCGAUGGUACUCGUAUCUUUAAAAGAUGCUGCAAGCCCUUCAUUCUGAUACUUGAUCAGGGUGAUGAACGCUUCAACGUGGAUAGUAACAUGGAUGACGAUGACGACGAUGAAGAUUUCGAGGAUCAAGAUGAUUCAGAACUGGAUGAGGGGUGCUAUGCGGACUAACAAAAAUAUACAACAACGCCAAAUUUUGUUUUUAUAAGAUGGUUUUUAAUGUUAUAAAAAGUUUUUUUAGUACAAACAUAUACAUUCGUUUAUUAUUUCUCGUAAUCUUACUGCUAUAAAAAUAUGUGUGUAUAAAUCAGUUGGUGAAAAAAAUUGUUUUUUUUUUU